AUGUCUCUGGUACAAUAUUCCGAUUCAGAGUCAGACUCCGAGUCUAGAACGUCGCCCCCAUGCAAGAAAGCUCGCCAUGACCCGAAACCAGGGCCAUCGCUGCCGCCCCUGCCUGCAGCGUUCCACGACCUCUAUGCUUCCAGCACACGCGUCAGCGUGCAAGAUGAUCCCAGUCUUCAUGGUGGUCGAAAACGCGCAAUCCCACAUGUAGAAGGCAACUGGCCGACACAUCUGUACCUCGAAUGGUAUCCCGCGAAAGAAGAGCUGUCGCUCCUUACAGAACUUAUCGCCCAUGCUGAGACCUCACUGGAUGAAAAUGCGCCCAGUGUACAUAGUCUGUUGCAUAGUGAUCUUGAUGCUCAGCUUCCACUUCACAUUAGCCUGUCUCGUCCGGUGGUCCUCCGCACUGAGCAGCGUGCACCGUUUACUGAGUUGCUGCAAAAAGCCAUUCAUGACUCGCAUAUCUCACCGUUUGAAGUACUACCCGAUUCUUUGGACUGGGCAUCCAACUACGACAAAACACGCUGGUUCCUGGUGUUGCGUGUCAAGAAACCAGCACAUGAUAGUUUGAAUGGUCUGCUAAAUCUGUCAAAUACCGCCCUUGCUCGCUUCGACCAGCCGCCUCUUUAUGCGGCCUCCUCGCAUAAGAAUAGUCAUCAGCGUGCCUUGCCUCGUGGUGAGAAAGGUGCGCCGCUAGUAGAAGACUAUUCAAACUGUUUCCAUAUCUCACUCGCUUGGAGUCUAUCAGGGCCUAGCGAGAAAGACUGCGCGCGGGUUGCUGGUAUGGACUUGAACGCAUUGCGAGAAUGCAAGAUCGCGUUUGAUAGUGUCAAGGCCAAGAUGGGGAAUAAUGUGGUUAGUAUCCCAUUAGGAAAGGAUCUUUAA